GACAUCAAUUGCCUUAUCGUCUAAAACCCCUCAAGACUGAGAAACCUUAAAAGCUAUAAAACUGAAAUCAUUUUCCACUCUCGAUUCCCAAAAUGGCUCUUGUUCAAUCCAGAACACUUCCACCCCUCUACGGCCCCUUAUCGCCGAUUCUAUCUUCCCUCCAUGCUCCGUCGUCUCUGUUUGUCCGGAGUGAACUCCGACUUGUCCCCUCGCCGUUCUCCUCCUCCACCGCCCGAAGCUCACCGUUCUCGCCUCCGUUGACGCAUCCGCGGAAGCUUCUCUGCGCUCCGCCUCGCGGAAAGUUUGUGAGAGAAGAUUAUCUUGUGAGGAAAUUGUCAGCUCAAGAACUUCAAGAGCUGGUGAAAGGAGAGAGGAAAGUGCCGCUGAUUGUCGAUUUUUAUGCAACAUGGUGUGGUCCUUGUAUCUUGAUGGCCCAGGAACUCGAAAUGCUUGCAGUAGAGUAUGAGAGCAAUGCAAUGAUUGUGAAAGUUGAUACAGAUGAUGAGUACGAGUUUGCACGCGACAUGCAGGUUCGUGGCUUACCUACAUUGUUCUUCAUCAGUCCUGACCCAAGCAAAGAUGCAAUCAGGACGGAAGGGCUAAUUCCAUUACAGAUGAUGCAUGAUAUCAUUGACAACGAGAUGUGAAGUCGAAACACUUUCUUGCUGGCUUUAGGAUUGAGUAGAAUCGCCGAAUUUAGGAUUGGUACCGAGUUAUAUUUGCAUUUGAGAAUGAUGUAAUCUAAGAAUCUUAUGUGUAUGCAGUGUUAGGCCUUAACUCACAUAAGCUUGCUAUGAGUAUUUUAAAGCAUUUUAUUUUCCAGAA